AUGAACAGAAGUGGUAGCAGUAUCGUGAAGAAGCACCUGAACAGUAGAACAGUCAAUAAUACGACUCAUAUUCUGGGAGAUGGUGCCACCAAUGCUGAAGACGAGCUUGGACAUGACUUCAAGCAAAGACUUCAAAAAACUUUGUCACAUGAAAAAACGGACAAGACCAGGAGAGACUACCGCAAUCGAAUUCUAAGAAUGACAAAGUAUUUUCAACAGAAGUGCUUCAGAUACUUUGAAGUUGGUGUUCGCAAAAACACAUCUGCAGAAAUGAAUGAUCCUGCAAUGUACUUUUAUGAUAAGUACGAGUAUGAUCUUAUUUAUGCAGGUCUAAACGUAGAUUAUGUUCUCAAGUUUCUCAUGGAUCAAGAGAGAACUGCAGCAGGCAAUCUGCGCACCAAGGCAGACAUGCAAAAGUUUCGAGAUGCUAUCAAGUGGGGUGCCCAAAUCCGUGGCGAAGCACUGUCCCAAGAGUGCUGGGACAAAUUGGAUCUUUAUCUUUUCUCCUACAAGCGACAGGUUGCAGCUGGGAAGGGGAAUGGGGAUGUCCAAACAAAGGAGGCAGACCCAAUCACAAAAGAGCUUUACAUGUUAAUUUGCAAGUGGGCGUCUGAAGAUGGCAAUACAAUGGUAGACUUUUGGACAAAGACCCAGUGGAACUGCAUGAGCCGUUGUGGCAACAUUGACUACCUUGGAUUCAGCAACUUCAGAAUUGUUUUGGAUGCACAUGCUGUUACACAUGACACUACAAAAAAGGAUAAAGAUGGCGAUAGAUGUUUUGCUAAACACAUUUAUGCAAAUCAUGAGUAUCACUAUUUGUGCCAGUGGACAGCCAUGGGUAACUACUGUGCCUUGUACAAAAACGAGCUUGGACAAACUCAGAAACUUUUCAUGUGGAAUACCAAGGACGGCAGUGCUGCAAAGAAAUAUCAAGAACAGCUGAAAGCUCUUGUGAAUAAAACUGAGGAAAGGAGAAACAUUGUUAGUUCUCACUGUCGAAAAGGGCACUUCAAUGCUUACGGUUUGCGGAAAGGAGCCGCAAGCUAUGCAAGCUCAGGAACCACAUGUGCCCCGUCCCUUUCUUCUAUUGCACACCGUGGUGAUUGGUCAAUGGGCUCCGUCUUUGACAUAUACUGGAGAUUUUUGCCAGUUGGCGAUCAUUACUUGGGCCAGAUACUAUCAGGAAAGGAUCCAAUGAAACCAUCAUUCAAGACCUUACCUCCACAUUGGAAAAUGGCAAAUCCGAUGGGCCACCCACUGAUCCGCGAAGUCAUGAACGCCAACUUUGGUCCCAUCUUAAAAACACAUAGUGAAGCGGACUAUGAUCCUACAGGUUUGUUGUUGCGUUGCCUAGCAUGCAUGGUAUGGCAUGCCAAGUCGUUCCAGGAGUACAUUGCCCAUAACCCAAGCAACGAACUUGUCAAGGUUCCAUUCUACAACAUGAGAGGAUCAGAAAUUGACGCAUUGCAACAGCUUAUCACUGUUGAACCAACUCCCGAUGUCAUGACCACUGUUACUGGCGUCCCGCCACACAUUGAAACAACUUGCCAAAUGAAGGCAAUUCAUGACAACUUAAUACAGUUACUUGCACAAACAAGAAUCAGUGAGGACAACCAGAAGCAGCGCGACGAGCAAUUGAAGGCAGACCUUGUUGCGGCUGUUCACCAUGGAAUAGAGCAGAAUGCAAUUUCGAACGGCAACAUUACUGCAAAAGGUAUCAAUGACAUCAUUCAAAAGCACCAAGACGCAACAAAUAAACAACUUACCGAACAUUUGCAAGCAAUGCUUAGGAGCCUGCCUCCUCAGUUCCAAGGUGGUCAGCCAGCUCAGAUUCCGCCACCUGGAAAUCAAGUUCAGCAAGGGGGUGGAUUGUUGCUUCAAAAGCCUGAUCAAGGAAAAUACUUUUACACCGAAAGGUUCUGGUCCGUUCCGGAAGACUUUGAGUUCCCUCCAAAGCCAAACCUUCCCCAAGCGCUUCGAUGCUGGCUCAAGGGUAUAAGGUAUGGCAACAAUUAUGUGAAACCAUUUCGCCAGCUACGACCAAAGGACCUCCCAACCACAGCACUCCAGUCACAGAUGCGAGUUGAAUGGCAGAAAUUUUUCAAGUAUCUCGAGAACAAUGGGUUAGAAAUGCCUAGUAACACGAGCGAAGAAGUGACUGAAGCACAAUUGGAACGUACUACCGAUGAGAUGUGGGACCUUUUGGAAAAAAAGGUUUCCUAUGCAUUCACAAGAAAGAAUGCAAAAAGCCACUGUCUUUCUCCCUGGGGCUUCUAA